CAACCAUAAUACAACAACAACUAUUGGUCAAUGUGGUCACAUUCUCAAUCUUUGAUGAACUGAACGAACAAAAAGAAACACCAUCACAUACCCUCGCUGGAAAAUUUCGCAAAGAUGGCUGUCGUCAAUCUUGCUUCGUUUAUUUCGUCUAUACCGAUCGCUACUCGGUCAAUGACUGCUGCCUUGUUAGGUUUCUCGCUCAUGCUAGCAUUCUUGCGGGUUACAAUGACAGAAGAUGGCAUCCAUUUGAUAUCUUUUUCUAGAGAUGAUAGUGCUGUUGCAUUUCCUUGGCUAGUCAUCGUGCCUGGCAGUAGUUUUUGGUAUCCUUGGACAUUACUCACAGCUGCAUUUUGUGAAACAAGCUUUUUCGAAUUUAUCAUCUCCAUCGUCUCUCUCCCUCUCGCUGGUCGAUAUUUGGAACGGAUAUGGGGUCCAGUAGAAAUGAUUCGAUUCUCAUUCAUCGUCAUUAUCGUUUCCAAUGUCGUUGCUUGGUUUCUUGCCGUUGCACUUUACGUUGUUACAAGAGGUGAAAAGAUGAUGUAUGGAGUGCAAUAUCAUGGCUUGGAAGCAUUGCAAACUGCAUUCUUGGUCGCUUUGGCACAGCUAAUACCUGAACAUCAAGUUCAAUUCAAAUUCGGUCUCAAAGUGCGCGUUCGUGAUCUACCGAUGGCUUACGUCACAUUUUCCAACAUUAUCUGUGUCUUGGGAUACCCAUCUCCAUUCAUUCUGAUUCAAUUCGGUUGGCUGUUUUCUUGGGCCUACUUGCGUUUCUUCAAAAUGAACGAUAACGGAAUACGAGGUGAUCGCAGUGAAACUUUCAGUCUUGUAAGCUGGUUCCCGCCCUUUAUGCACAAACCCGUCACAUUCGUUUCCAAUACGCUUUAUGGCGUCUUUUUGAAGUUGGGCGUCGUUCAACCUUGGCAAUACUCUGCAAUGGGAGAUGUUGAGUUAGGGGUGGGAAGUGGAUUACCUUCCAUGUCAGUUGGAAUCUCACCUCAAACACCUGGAGCAGGAAGUACGAGAGCAGAAGCAGAAAGGAGAAGAGCAAUGGCAUUGAAAGCAUUAGAUCAAAGGGUCAAAGCUGGAAGUGCCCCGGGUAGUGGACAGAACAACUCAUCAUCAUCAUCAUCCAAUUCCGCUCAGAUAGGCGCGGAUGGAAUAUCGGUCCCUGCUACUGCCGCGUCAGCAAGCAAUGGAGGAUACAAGAUGAACGGAAAAGUGAGCGUGCCAAAAGUAGUGGUACAAGAAGCAUCUGAAGAAGGAGAUGGAAGAGGGAGCGAAGAGCAAGGGAAGUCAUUGAGGUGAUCGAAAUAGACAAAGCGAACAAACAAAAGUUUGCUACUAACGAACGAGGAAUUAAGGGUGUACAUUGGAAUCUUUCUUUCUCAUACUCUUGUACAAUCAUUCAGAUCGCAAAUCUGCAUAAUGCCUUUACGUUAA